AUGGCGCUUGAUUGGGCGAAAGCAUUGCGCCAGGCGUCCAAGAUCCGCUCAUCCGCGCAUCACCAGUGGAGCCCGGACUGCGCAGCAGCGGAAAGUAGCGGCCUUUCCGCCGGUGGCGGGCUUUCCGCCAACUCUCUACCCGCGUGCCCCGCGCCGUGGGCGCUCUCCCCCGCAACACCCUCGUCGUCCACGUCGGAAGGCGACAGCGCCGUGACGGUUACCAACGGAUGCAAGCCUUUCGCCGUGGCGAAAAAGCUUUCCGUCUCGCUCUCCGCUCAGCCUUCCGUGCAGGCCUCCGCGCAGGGCCCCUCCCCCGCCCGCUCAGGCUCCCGCCGAGCUAGACAGGUAGCGCCAAUGCAAGUUCCUCCUCUAGCGAGCCCUUCGACGGGUAGUUGCUCCUAUGGCGGGCGGGGCGGAGCGGUGGCGGAAGCCGCGAGUCCGCGGAGCGCUUCGUGGGUGGGCGCGGCAGUCGAGACCCCGCGGGGAGCCAGUGGAUCGCCGCCGUCCUUCACGGCGGUGUCGCCGUUGAUCCUUCCGCCGAAUGCCGCGAAUGGCGCCGCGGAUCUUCCCGCCGUUCAACUCUCCUCUUCGCGCAAAGCAGCUCCCGCUCGGCGCGCGAAAAGACCCGCUUCCUCCGCUGCACCUGCCGCCUCCAAGUCGCCAUCCGCCGCGGAGGUGGAGACAGCACUCAAUGAUUGGCUGACGAAUGUUCUCGCGCCGGCUCUUGCGGCGGGUGGGGCGGCAAAUGGCAAUGUGGCUGCGCCUCGGGCAUCACCUGCUAGUGGUUCUGGUUCAAGUAAUAAAGCGUUAACCGAUUUCUCCGCCGGUUUCCUGCUUGGAUCUUCGGCACCCUCCUCCGUUGCGCCUCCCCCGCCAGUUUCCGCGACCCCCGCCAAUAGGCUCGCGGAGCAGCUGGUCGGGCAAUGGCGGAACGCGCAACAGCUUCCCCGCACGCCACAUGCGCCCGCGGUGGUACAGGCGACGGCGGAAACUCCCGCGCCUUUCCUGGCGCGACCGUCCUUCCCCCGAACGUCCUGUUCCGCCAACGCGCCUUCCGCGUUCGACGGGCCGCAGUGCAACCCGGUCGCUCCGCCUCCGCCAGUCCCGCAGGCUCGCAAUGUAUCCGCGCAUGUGCCGCCGCCUGCGCCAGUGCUCGCACCCGCGCAGCCAUUGUCUCCGCCUGAGCCAGUUCACGCGCCCGCGCAGCCCGUGGCUCCGUGUGCGGAGCAUUCCGCGCGCGGAGGCAACGACUCGCCGGAAGACGCCUUCGGUCCGCUCGCGUUCCUCGCCGGAGACCUGGACGAGUGCGAUCAGGUGAAACCUCAGGUGAACCUGCAGGACGUUUCCGACGCGAAGGGGAAGCUGUCCGGAGCUGGGGUGUUGGACGGCUGUGCGGGGUUGUUUCUCUCCGCCGCCCACGACGUGCGGGGCGCGGAGCAGGCCGGAGGGGGAAAAUGCGCGGAAGGGGAAGAGUCUUUGGAGGAGCUAGCUGCACAGGAUAUCGACUGGCAGUCUCUGCUUGCACCUUGGGAGCCGGCUUCAGGUGGUUCUUCAGGUGCUCCAGGUUCGGAAGUCGAUGCGGCUCCAGGGGAAAACUGUGGAGUUGCAACGGCGGAAAAUAAUAAUGGGUCCAAUGAUUGCCCUAGCGCGACCAGCCAGGUCGUUGCUAGUGGAGAUGGUGACCUGGCGCCCAUGUGGCAUGCUGACGUGGCGGAUCUGUGCGUGGGAGUGCCUGCAUGGAUUUCGCACGAGGAUAUGGACGGUCUGCACCAGUGGGACUCACACAGCUACGAGGAGGACCAUCUGCACUUAGCUAAGCGCCAACGCUUAGUCUGA